AUGUCUGUACAGGAAGGUGCAUUGCUGUGGGUACCGCAAUCCGAAUUUACCUGGAGGCCGGCUACCAUUUUGAGGAUUUUGUCGGAAAGAAAAAGUGCAACUGUGCGGUGGCUCGAUUCAAAUGAGCAAGAAGCCGUUGAUUUGACCACACUUUGCAACAAAAAUUCGUCACUGUUUGAUUGUGGAUAUGGAUGUAUUCCUCAAAUAGAUUUGUCUGGUCUUGAUUUCAUCAACGAACCAGAAGUACUUCAUAAUUUGAGGACCCGUUUCUGCGAUCAGCACGAGAUCUACACCUACUGUGGACUACUUCUCAUAGUUCUAAAUCCCUAUGAAGAUCUACCAAUUUACGGCAUGGAGUUCAUGAAUGCCUACAACCAGAAUGACGUCGAGAGCGAGACCCGACGAGAUCCUCACAUUUUUGCGAUUGCAGAUGAGGCACUCAGUAGAAUGAAGCUACUGCAACAGAACCAGUCCAUCAUAAUAUCAGGAGAAUCCGGUGCUGGAAAAACGGUUUCUGCAAGACACGUACUGAAGUACCUAACAGCAAUGACAACAACGAGACGUUAUAGAGGUUUGAGUUUGAAGAAGGACACAGUCUCCAUGCCAAUACGGGUUUUGGCCAGCUCACCCUUACUGGAGAGUUUGGGCAACGCGAGGACUACCCACAACGACAAUAGUAGUCGUUUCGGCAAGUUUUUGGAGGUCGCUUUCAGUCAAGUAGGAUAUCGUCUUGUGCGAGCUUGUAUAAAGACGUACCUUCUGGAGAAAUCUAGAGUCGUGCUACAGGACAAAAAUGAGCGAAAUUACCACAUUUUUUACCAACUUCUUGCGGCUGUCAGUGAUCCCAGAUCAAAGAGCUCCCAUUCCUUUCUCAAUGAAAUGGCUCUUGAUCGUUCUACCACCUACCAUUAUGCCAAAUGGGAGGAGAUAGAGUUGGGUGAUUUGGAGAACUUUACGACCACUUUGCAGUCACUGCAGGAUUUGGGCUUUAGUGAUGAUGAGGUGAAUACAGUUUUCACGAUCUUGGCGGCUAUUCUGCAUCUGGGCAACGUCACGUACUCGGGGAUUUCACAAGGCGGUUCUCAAAUAACUAAACUUAUACGGGCGGAUCUUAUUCGGAACUACUUCCAGGCUGUAAAGGGGACGCGUCAAAACUUCAAAACCGAAUUGUUACACUAUGUAAUACAUGAGGAUGCUGGAGAGCGAUCACUGCAAGAAGCCUUUCAGCUGCUCCAGUGCACUGUCCAGUCAAACUCCGGAGGACCAGCCUACGACUGCCUAUGCUUUCGCAUUAUUCACACCGUCGAGGGUGAAAUGCACAAGCCUUUAACUGUUCCAGAGGCCAAUUCAGCAAGAGAUGCCCUUGCCAAACUCAUCUAUCAAAUGCUCUUCAGGUGGAUUGUAAACCGGUGCAAUGAAUCACUAGCUGCUUGUUCAGAAGAACCAACGGAGGACAAUUUUAUUGGCAUUCUUGAUAUUUACGGUUUUGAGACAAUGGAAGUCAAUAGUUUUGAACAGUUCUGCAUAAACUAUGCCAACGAAAAACUGCAACAACGCUUCAUUAAAAAUGUCUUCCAGUUGGAGCAAGAAGAGUAUAUUCGUGAAGGCCUGGAAUGGAGUUUUGUGGAAUACUAUAACAAUGCACCUUGCAUUCAGUUGUUGGAAGGGCCGAUGGGUGUAAUUGAACUGCUGAAUGAUGAGUGCAAGCUGCCAAGGCCAAAUGACAGAAAUUGGCUAGGUCGCAUUUGCAAUGAACAUUUAGGUCGAAGUCGCGACUUUAGUCAGUCAAAGUUCUGGGCUCAGGAACGCUUCAUCAUUCAACACUUUUCCGAAAAAGUAGAAUACGCUGUGGACGGGUUCGUGGAGAAGAAUCUGGACCGAAUCAUUCCUGAACACGCCAACCUCUUAACUAGCACCAAGGCAAGCAAAUCUAAAGGAUUUUUUGAGGGGGAACCUGAGAACCGGCUGAUACACCGUCUACGAAUUAGUGAGAAAGAAAAAUCCCAAAAUAUGGAUUUUAUACCUUACAUGUUACAUAUUAACCCAAUAUUACGAAAAAUGAUAGAGAAUUUUGGGAAAACCAAUGUUAUCGGGGUAAAACAUCAAGGAAUUUUCACCAAACCGACGGUAGUGACCCAGUUCUCGACAUCCCUGGGGACUCUAAUGGAGAUUCUAGAUCGUACAACGAGUCACUACCACCGUUCACGUAAUUCACCCACUUUCUCUCACUUGGCAACAACUCUCACUGCGCCUCAGAUGACCUCUCAUGUUCUUUUACUCCCCUAUACACCCUCCAGAUUUUGUCCAGAACGAGUGAUGCAACAGCUGAGAGCUUGUGGUGUGCUUCAAACCAUCAGGAUCAGUGCUGCUGGCUAUCCAUCAAGGCAAGCAACUCCUCUUUUCUUUUGUCGAUGCACAGUACGUUGUUAUGCCAGUACCGUUCACUUGGGUUGGAACGUCGUAUUGCAGGAUGCAAUUCUUUACUCGUGGACAUACGAGGACUUUUUGAGUCGAUACUGGCAGCUCUGUCCUGGCAAUCACUGUUUUGAAAAGGACCCUGUCAAGAAAUCGGAAGCCAUUCUUCGUAACAACGUGGAGGAUGCAAACAAAUACCGUCUGGGCAGGACCAAAAUCUUCUUUGGUAACGGAGUUUUGGCAUAUCUUGAACGCGCCCGCAGUGCAAGGAUCACGGCAGCUAUGACGGUCAUUCAAAGCCACCUAAGAGGAUGGAUUACUCGACGACGCUAUCAACCAAUUCUUCAGCAGAUCACGGCGAUUCAGGCCUUUGCACGUCGUUGGCUAGCUCAGGAACACCUUCAUCAGCUUCAGGAGAUUCGACAAAAACAGCAACAAAAGGCAGAGGCAAGUGAAGACACCAAAUUUGCACGCAAAAAGGGGGUAAGGAAGUUUUUUCCCUGCCAGCAAGUAGAAUUUUAUCCUUUUCAGUCGUCGAAAACCUACAAUCGCGCACUCAGCCUCCUUCGCAGACACAAGACUCCACGCCACAGUAAGACCGAAGUGGAGGAAAGCAAGGGGAAGUCAAUUGAGAUGCUGGAGCGGGAAAUAAAUAGUCUUCGAAACCAAUUAAAGACCCGGGAAAGUGAAAUUGCCGUGAAGGAAUCACAAAUUGCAAAGCUUAUGAAGAAGGAGGAACAAGUGGAGGAGAGCAAAAAAGGAAAACGCGGCCGACUCAAUAAUCAUGGUAAGCACAAAGGCAGCCGAGGUCAAUCUGACAGAAGUUUCGGUGAUUAUGAAGAAGUGAACUAUCACUCAGGAGGCAAACUUCACCGAAGUUUACGCAAAAUCACUCCAGUUGGAGUUGAACUGAAAAUAGCCUCUGAAGACGCCACCUUCAAGUCGGGACGGAAAACUGAGAUGAAUCAGCGGGCCAACGCAAGCGCAAAUCUGCUGUUGGACCUACAGGCACGAUGCUCCACUCUAGAUGCAGAGAAAGAGGAACUUUACCGGAAAUUGGAAAUGUAUCAGGAGUCCUUUGCAACCGCUCAAGCUCGGCAGCAUGAAGCUCAAAGCAAGUUACUUUUUUUACUUCUAAAAUACCAAGUGUCCAUACGCCGAUUAGAGGAGUGGAUUGAACAUCUGAACAAAAAAUCCUCAGCGACCGGUAGCUGCUCAUCCGAGGCCCAAACAGACGUUAACGAUUUAGCGAAUCUUGAAAGUAUGAUUCAAAUCCAUCACGAGGCUAGCAGAGCAUGGCAUGCUCUCCCGAAAGUCUCUACUACUUCCAUGCGUCAGUCUAGUGGUGCGAUAUGGUACUCUAAUGUGGUCUCUACUACUCUCCUAUUACUUUGA